ACUAGCCGAAGCCCAGAUGAGUUACAACCCAUCGAACCCUUAGUCCCUUACCAUUCAUUGUUCAUGGAAUCAGCCCCAUACCACAGAUUACGACUUACGAGCAGUAAUUAACUGAUUAUGCAUCCUAAUUUUAUUUUUUCUUUCCUUUGUAAAAAGAAAUACGUAGUAAUUUUUUUAGUGAGCAUCUAAAAAAUUGGGGGGAGAAGCGCAAAAUCGAAAACAAUCAAAGCUCAUCAAACUUGAAGAAGAAGUGAGCAUAAAAUUGAACAACUGCAAUCUGUUAUGAAAUCAAAAUCAAUCCAAAAUCACCAGAUCCAGGACAUUUUACAUCCCCAGUACAUCAAAUCUGCCAUUCCCAAUUGAAGAAAAAAAGGGGUUUUUGAUCAAAAAUCAGAAUCUCAGAGGAGAGAGAAAAUGGGGUGGGGAUGGUCAAUAAUGGAGGGAGUAGUAAUGGUGGGUUCAUUGGUGUUGCUGGGUUGGGCAGGUUUAUGGUUCUUGAAUCGUAGAUUAUACAAAGAGUAUGAAGAGAAAAGGGUUCUUGUUCAGAUCAUUUUUAGUAUUGUUUUCGCUUUUUCGUGUAAUCUUCUUCAGCUUGUUUUGUUCGAGAUCAUUCCUGUUCUUUCCAAAGAGGCUAGAUGGAUGAACUGGAAGCUGGAUCUGUUUUGCUUGAUUUUGUUGCUGGUUUUUAUGUUGCCGUAUUAUCAUUGCUACUUGAUGCUUUGUAAUAAUGGUUUAAGAAAGGAACGAGCUGCACUUGGGGCUAUAUUAUUCUUGUUUGCUUUCUUGUAUGCUUUUUGGCGAAUGGGCAUCCACUUUCCCAUGCCUUCACCCGACAAAGGAUUUUUUACCAUGCCUCAGUUGGUUAGCAGAAUUGGUGUGAUUGGAGUGACCGUCAUGGCUGUCUUAUCAGGCUUUGGGGCUGUCAAUUUACCUUACAGCUAUCUGUCCCUUUUUAUCAGGGAGAUUGAGGAAUUUGAAAUAAAAUCCUUGGAGAGGCAAUUGAUGCAAUCAAUUGAGACUUGUGUUACCAAAAAAAAGAAAAUCAUACUUUGUCAAAUGGAGAUGGAGAGAAGUCAAGUAUCAGAAGAGAAGAUGAAUGCUAGAUCUUUCCUGAAGAGAAUUGUUGGAACAGUUGUGAGAUCUGUGCAGGAAGACCAAAGGGAACAAGAUAUAAAAAAUCUGGAAGCUGAGGUACAGGCUUUAGAGGAGCUGUCAAAGCAGCUGUUCUUAGAGAUUUACGAGCUUCGCCAAGCUAAGGAAGCUGCAGCUUUUUCUCGAACUUGGAAAGGCCACAUGCAGAAUUUUUUGGGUUACGCCUGUUCAGUCUAUUGUGUCUACAAAAUGAUUAAGUCUUUGCAGAGCGUUGUCUUCAAGGAGGCUGGUUCAGUUGACCCUGUCACAAAGACAAUCAGCAUAUUCCUACAAUAUUUUGAUAUCGGAAUCGAUGCCACGUUAUUAUCCCAGUAUAUAUCCCUACUAUUUAUAGGGAUGUUGAUUGUCAUAUCGGUUCGAGGAUUUCUAUCAAACCUCAUGAAGUUCUUCUUUGCAGUUUCCAGAGUUGGGAGUGGAUCUUCAAGCAAUGUUGUCCUAUUUUUGUCAGAAAUCAUGGGAAUGUAUUUUGUCUCAUCUAUUCUUUUGAUAAGGAAAAGUUUAGCAACUGAGUACAGGAUGAUAAUAACUGAUGUAUUGGGAGAUAUACAAUUUGAUUUCUAUCAUCGCUGGUUUGAUGCAAUAUUUGUUGCUAGUGCCUUCCUUUCCUUGCUUUUGCUUUCUGCACAUUAUACAUCUCGCCAAGCUGACAAACAUCCAAUUGAUUAGGGGCAUGUCUUGUAUACUUGGCUAAAGUGUGGAUGUCUCUGAUCAAGGUCACCCUAAAGUUGAGAAACAGGUAUCAUCAUGGGAAAGAAGAGUUCAGUCAUAUGAUGGUAAACUUGGCCUUUAUCUUUUGUGCAUAGAUCGAUACGAGGAUAUUGUUUUAGAUUUUUUUGGUGUUUGGUACCCAGAGAUCUUUCCGGGUAUUGGUUUAGGGGAGCCUAUCACGGGUGGCAGUAUCCAAAUUGUUUCCGUUGAAACCCAGUCGCAACAUGCUAGCUUUGAUGUGGCAGUAGCAGCUUUGGUGGAUAGUUCAUAUGUAAGGUGUUGGCACCACCAUUGACAUUGGAGGGUUCACGCAAAAGGAGCUAACACAUUUAUUGGUGCACUAAAAAUUCCAUGUAAAUCUACUCGAUUUUUUCUGAAAGAGGUGUUGCAUCAAAAUCAUGAUUUGAACACUUGAAUUCAAAAUUAAUACAAAGUAUAUGAUAAGUGUUCAAGUUAUU